AAAAAGCAGAAGCGCGACGGAUGUGGGUAGCAUCUCAACACAAAUAGUGAGAGCCGGCGCACCAAGGGUGCAGCUAAAUCUAAAAGGCCCAUUGAGCCUAAAAUAUGAACCCCGAGGAGCAGACUGUUACGUGGCUAAUAACAUUAGGAGUUCUCAAUUCACCCAAAAAGAAUAUCGCUGAUCCAGAGGAAUUUCUGAAAACAUCUCUCAGAGAUGGGGUCGUCCUGUGUAAGCUUAUGGAGCGGCUGCUGCCUGGAGCCAUCCUAAAGUAUUCAACUGAACCCAGAUGCGAAGCGGCCUGCAUUGCAAACAUUCGGGAGUUUCUAAAAGGAUGCCAGUCUCUAAAGGUUGAGGGCUUUGAUCCAGAGAGCUUAUAUACUGGGGAAAACUUCAACAAGGUUCUGUCAACACUCUCAGCAAUAAACAUCGCCACUCAAGAUUGUACCCCUAAUAGAUCAUGUCCACAGUCCAGUGCCUCUCCUACUAGCCUGUCAACCCCUUCACAAGCUGUUCCCAGCUUGAAGUCCAGCAGGUCCUUACGGAGGCAGUCAAAAGCAGUGGAAAUGUCGGAGAAUGGAGGCGGUGGGCAGCUGAUGGUAAAGGCCCGCUUCAAUUUUAAGCAGAACAAUGAGGACGAACUGUCUUUCAGCAAGGGCGAGCUGAUCCAUGUCACUCGCCAGGAGGAAGGUGGAUGGUGGGAGGGAAACCUUAAUGGCAAAACCGGCUGGUUCCCAAGCAACUAUGUCCGAGAGGUCAAGCCUUGUGAGAAACCAAUAUCUCCGAAAUCGAUAAAAGGAUUUGACGUUCCUCAGCUGACAAAAAAUUAUUACAAUGUGGUGGUGCAAGACAUCUUGGAGCAUGAGAGAGAGUUUGUCAAAGAACUGCAGACGGUACUUGGCUGCUACCUGCGGCCUCUACAGGCCAGCGACAAGCUCUCUAGUGUGGACUGCUCCAGUCUAAAUGGGAAUUUAGAGGACGUCCUCACUUUCCAACUUGGACUGUGUCUUGCCUUAGAGGAGUGCUCCAAGAUGCCAGAGGGCCAGCAGCGGAUUGGUAGUUGUUACCUGAACCUGAUGUGUCAGAUCAGAACACUGUACUUGUCCUACUGCUCCAGUCAUCCCUCUGCAGUGUGUGUGCUGACCGAUCACAGUGAGGAGCUGGACAAGUUCAUGGAGAGUCAGGGUGCCAGUGCUCCUGGUAUUCUGACCCUGACCACCAGCCUGAGCAAACCCUUCAUGAGGCUCGACAAGUAUCCCACCCUCCUGCAGGAACUUGAGCGACAUGUGGAGGAAGCGCAUCCAGAUUACAAUGACAUUCUCAAAGCAACGGUUGCAUUUAAAAAUCUUGUGACUCAGUGUCAAGAUCUGCGAAAAAGAAAGAACCUAGAGUUGCAGAUCUUGUCAGAGCCGGUGCGGGGCUGGGAGGGGGACAGCAUGAAGUCACUGGGUCAGGUGGUCUACAUGUCACAGGUCCACAUGCAGAGCAGCACAAAUGAGGAAAAAGAAGAGAAGUACUUCAUGCUGUUUCCUAAUGUGUUAGUCAUGCUGUCUGCCAGCCCAAGAAUGAGUGGUUUCAUUUACCAAGGACGUCUGCCCCUAGCAGGAACCACUGUAACCAAACACAUAGAAGAUGCAGACACAGGCCAUUUUGCCUUCGAGAUCACAGGAGGGACAAUAGAUCACAUCAUGGUGUUCUGUAGUAGUUUACAGGAGCAGCUGGAGUGGUUAGAACAUCUUCAUGCUUACACCAAGGAAGGAAGUCCAGUUGGAACAAUGUUGAAGGUAAUAAGAACCCAUUGUCAAUGUUUUUUUGUGUUUUACAUCACUCCCAAUGAUGCGUUCCUACAGGUGAAUCGUUAUUUUCUUGUUUUGCAGAGUGUUGAGGGUAAGCCUCUAACCGUGACUGGUGCUUUGUCCCACCACUUGCACAGUUUCGGUACUCCUGUGGCUAACCGAGGUCCUCUCGAACCCCCCAAGGUCACCAAGCCCUGGUCCUUAAGCUGCCUGAGGCCAGCGCCACCCCUCAAGCCCUCCGCUGCCCUAAGCUAUAAAGAGGACUCUAGUAAAAGCCCCAGACCAAUCAAGAAGUUCCUCCCAAAGAGAAAAACGGAGAGAAAACAAUCAGAUGAUGAGUUGCUGAUUAGAAAAAGCACAGUAGCUCUAGAGGAGGAUGCCCAGAUCCUUAAAGUGAUUGAGGCCUAUUGCACUGGAGCCAGCCUCCACCAAUCCACCACAGCUGUGCGUAAGGAGUGCAUCCCCCAGGUCCUGCUUCCAGAAGAAGAGAAGAUCAUUGUUGAGGAGAUCAAGAGCAAUGGCCAGACGAUCAUAGAGGAGAAAAGUCUUGUUGAUGCGGUUUAUGCUUUGAAAGAUGAAGUCCAUGAAUUAAAAAAGGAGAAUAAAUUGAUGAAGCAGUGUCUGGAAGAGGAACAGAAGUCCCGUAAGGAGCUGGAGCGUGUAGUCAAGAAGUUGGCCAAGCAAAAGAAUGACUGUUCCUGGGAGGAAGGAGGUCACUAAAGAACACUCUGGAUGCUCGCCUGUUUCCCCUUGCCAUGCUCAUGUAUGUGUUUCUAUGUCUGUUUGUCCUCCUCACAAAUGUGUUUUUAUGUGUUUUUCCAUCACAUUACACACUGAACAUUGCUUUUGGAAAGUCACCGUGUUGGGGAUUUUUAGCCAUUUUUCAUCAAAAGGACAAGAAUAUCGACUUAUCGACUGUUUUUCUCGCCAUAUGGAAGAAUAUCACUGGGUGGUUUGCUUCACGCUCCUGUGAAGUGAUUUCUGAGAACAAUACGGCAACUGUUCUAGAAAACCAAGUGAGCUGCUUAUUUAGGUAGUAUUCAGUGAUAGGAAAACUUCAGAUAACUGUCGGAUUCAAGUCCUCAACUUUUCCAUAUUUUUCCCCUUCCGGUUCAUUCAAGCACUCCAAGAAGAAACAUCACAGAAAAGAUGGUGUUUGAACUGAACAAAUAUCUGCCUCACUUUGACUGUUACUGGUCAUUUAAAAGAGAAAUCCAAUGACAUUCAGCCCAUUAAACAGCAUUCUGACUAUUGCACAAGUGAAUAUAUUCUGUUAAUGGUGCUGGAGAAGAUAUUUGUGGUUGAACAUUACAGUACUCCAUCGUAUCCACAAGUAUUACUCUUUUAUGCCCUAUUUCUGCUUUUAUAAUGUGAAAAUGGUUGUUGCUUGAGGUAGCUUUUAGGUCACAAAUGAACAAGAUUGAGAUUUGUGGUUUCACCUGAUUGACAUGAGAUGCCCUACUUGCCAUCUUGAAAUGAGUUUGGUUUUUCCUUUUAGUUUGAUGGUUUUGAGUUAAAUUCCUGUAAUAUGUCAUUGGACGGUUGGUUUAGAUUCAGUGUAUUCCCAUUCAAACGUGUUCCCCAGACAGUCACUUACAUCAGCAUGGGUGCACGUUUUUUUUUAAUAUAUAACAGCCGUUAUAUAUUACAUAAUCAUGCUUCUGAUAAUCAUCAAUAGUAUAAGGCUUUCAGGGAUAUAGUUGUCAGAAAGAGUCAAGUUUAUAAUACUAUACUAAUAAAAUACAUCAUAAAAUGUAUGUAAAUAUACUUGUAUACAGUAUAAAUAUGUAUAUAUCAUAGAUACUAUGGCAAAAAGAACCAUGUCAACUAUUUUGAUGAUAAAAAUACAGCAGGAAAUUUGCUUGCACUUUACAAUAAGGUUUCGUUUGUUAACAUGGACUAAGAAUGAAACAUUUCUAUAAAAUCAAAAGUUGAAUCUGUUAUUAUUAUUUAAUGCACUGUGAACUUACAUGAACAAACAAUAAACAGUUUUAUUCCUAUUAAGGUUAAAAAAGAUUGACAAAUACUGUAACAAAUGUUUUGUGCAUUGUUAUUUAAUGUGAUCACAAUAACUAAUGUUAACUAAUGAGACCGCAUUGUAAAGUGUUACUAGAAAUUUCAACCUUUUUCAGAGGCUUAAAACUAUUUCAUAUAUAUUUGAAACCAAAAAAAUCCUGUAUGUUUGUGAAUUUGAUACUAUGGGCCCUUUUAGGACUCGAAAACCGAGUGUACGUAGAAACAUAUGGUACUUUAGGCACUGAUGUUUGAUCAUAUCUGGAGGCUCAUAUUUGAAUGAGAAACAAAUGUGGUUGGAACCCAAUUUUAAUGUAUCCCCCCUCCCCCAGCAAACCUCUCCCUAUCAGCAAGUGCACUGGAGGUGCAGUGCAAUACAUUUCUUACCCAUUCCUAUUCUGCCAUAGUCAUGUGUGGCAUUCAUGGUACAGCUUUUUUUCCUGACCUUUAAACAUCGAAUGAAUGAAUAAUUACAUGGCCGCUUACACAAAUGACCCUGUCUGGAGUGCUAAACCUUUCAAUGACUCAUUGCCGAUCAUAACCGUGACUAAUGCUUUCUAUCGCUUUUGGACUGGAGGGACGAUCUCCGUCUUAAGCAGUGGAGCAGUGCAGACAAAAUGCUGUAAAGAUGAGCAAAACUUGGGUGGGGAGUUUUUUUCUUUGUCUUUUUAAACCCACUAUGUCACCUCCGGAACAUUGCUGUGGCAGUUCAAUGCAAUAUGCGACUGGUUACAAUUGCUGUGCGUUCAUUCAAGAGCCAGUCUUUCUCUUGGAAGGAGUAUUCUGUAUAAUAUAUUCUUCCAAUUAGGCAAUAAGAUGUGCUCUGAGGUGCACAAAUAUAAUUCUGUUACUGUGGUACUGUGUAAAUCUGUUUCAUGUUCGUGUGCGUGUUUGUUUUCCAGCAAUUAACCUUGCAUGCCAUGUGUUACACAUAGCCUUAAAUAUUAUUUUAAAGUGUUAACCCUGAUUGUAUUGUUGUUGUUGCUGUUGUUAUGGAAACUCCUGAAUUUUUAAACUAUGUGUCUAAAGUUAUGACAUCUGCAGUGGUAAAUGUGAUAUUCAUGUGUGUAUUAUGUGGAACAGAUUGGGCAGUAGGUUAUGCGAGUGUGCAUAGUAUCAUGUGGAAACUUGCUAUUUGCUACAGGUGGCUACUGCUAUCAAUGAAAGGAACUUCAGUUUGUUCUUGCAAUGUCAUGAAUGUGUCAGGAAAAAAAAUGAAUAGCACUUUCAGGAGAUCAUAAAUGAGGGUUUUAAGAAUGUUGUCCGCGUCAGUUUCCUCUCUUAAAAGUGCCCGUGUCUGCAGAACACAAGUUUUAUGUUUUGCGAAGCUGAUCUAUGCAAUAUGUGCUUAUACAUCUAUAAGUUGUUGUUUUUUGUUGUUUUUUCUAGUGCUUGUGUUUUUAAUGUUGUUAUAAUUUCAAUAAGGAAUUGUUUUAAUAAAAAUAACAUCAUGUUAA